UCCAGGAUACAGAGGAUCCGCACUCAUGUUGAAAGAUAUGCAAAUGAAAAUUGGAAAUUUCAAUGCUCUUUUUCUAUAUAAACCCCACCUUGCCCACCCAUCUCUCAUUACCUAACCUCAGCAGGAACACUAAUUUAAAAGUUCUUAAGGGUAUUAUGGCAAUAAGAGUAUCGAAGCUGAAGAUGGCUUUUGCAUUUGUAGCAGUGUUUCUUCAUCUCUUUCCAUUGAUCAAUUGCCUUCUUCAUCGGAGCCAAUUUCCUAAAGAUUUCCUCUUUGGAACUUCAACUUCAUCUUAUCAGAUUGAAGGGGCCUACUUAGAAGGCAACAAAGGUCUAAGCAAUUGGGAUGUUUUCUCUCUCCUACCAGGAAAAAUUGCAGAUGGAAGCAAUGGAUUUGUUGCUGAUGACCAUUACCAUCGUUACAUGGAAGACAUUGAAUUGAUGCAUUCACUUGGAGUGAAUUCCUACAGAUUUUCCAUAUCUUGGUCUAGAAUCCUCCCAAAAGGAAGAUUUGGUGAGAUUAAUAGGGCAGGAAUUGAAUUUUACAACAACCUUAUUGAUGCUCUCCUUCUCAAAGGGAUCCAACCAUUCGUUACACUAAACCAUUUCGAUAUUCCUCAAGAACUCGAAGACCGAUAUGGUGCAUGGUUAAGUUCUAAAAUUCAAGAAGAUUUUGGAUAUUUCGCGGAAGUAUGUUUCAAGUCUUUUGGAGAUAGAGUAAAAUACUGGACAACCUUCAAUGAGCCAAACCUCAUGGUGAAACUCAGUUACCUCACUGGUUUAUACCCUCCUGCCCAUUGUUCCAAACCAUAUGGCAAUUGCACGACGGGUGACUCCGCAAUUGAGCCAUACAUUGCAGCCCAUAAUAUCAUUUUGUCCCAUGCCACUGCGACCGAUAUUUAUAGGAAAAAAUAUCAGGCUAAACAAGGAGGUUCUAUCGGGAUCGUGGUGAGCGCCAUUUGGUAUGAACCGCUUAGAGAUAUUCCGGCAGAUCGUUUGGCAGCUCAGCGGGCCCUCGCUUUCCAUGUUGCCUGGUUUUUAGAUCCUAUAAUUUACGGAGAUUAUCCACCCGAAAUGCGUCAGAUAUUGGGGUCAAGAUUGCCAACAUUUUCAUCGAAUGACCGAAGAAAACUACAAAAUAAAUUGGAUUUUAUUGGAAUUAAUCAUUAUUCAAGUCUCUAUGCGCAAGACUGCAUGUUUUUUUCAUGCAACUCGGGUACACCUGAAGAAGACACAAACACAUUGCUCACUGGAGAAAAAGACGGUCGACUGAUUGGAAUGACGACUGGGAUGCCAACUUUAUACGUGGUACCAUGGGGUAUGGAAAAGAUUGUAACGUACAUCAAGGAAAGAUACAACAAUACACCCAUGUAUAUCACAGAAAAUGGGUACCCACAAGAUAGUAAAAAUGGUGUUUCCAAGAAAGAAUUGCUCAAUGACGUGGAGAGAGUAGAAUACUUGCGUAGCUAUGUGACUUCCCUAUCCGGAUGUAUGAGGAAAGGAGCUGAUGUGAGAGGCUACUUCACAUGGUCUCUAAUUGACAAUUUUGAAUGGGCAUUCGGGUAUACGCUACGGUUCGGGCUUUAUCAUGUGGACUACAAUACAUUGGAGAGAACUCCUAAACUAUCUGCCCGAUGGUACAAACGAUUCCUUAGCAGCCCAAAGAUGCUAAAACAGAUUGGCGGCAAUGAUUGGAGAUAACGACGUGUAUAGUCUUGGUCUCUGUUCAAAUUCAUGUGAUGUAUAUAUGAUAUUUUAUUUAUGUCGUGUAAAAUAAUUUUUUGGGAUUGUUUUGAUUAAUUAGUACAUGAUUGUCCACUCUAUUAUAUUUUAUUCAGUGGAUAAGUGUAUACUCCAUUCCACAUUCAAUUUAUCCCCAUGUAGGCCGUGUCAUAAAACAUGCUCCAAAGGAAGUAAUACAAUUAAUUUGAUUAUUU